UUGGUUGGAUCUUGUCUCAGCCAUUACAAAUGUGACAAUUACAUGCUUGUCGUAUCCACUAUUUUUUUACCCUUCCCAUUUUUCUCUCUACAACAGCUUCUAAUUAGUCUGUCUUAAACUCUCAGUUCCAUUAUUCCUUACCCUGUACACAAUCCUUUCAAGAUGCCAAGUCCUCUGAUUUGCGGCAGCUUCAACAAUCAAGAAGACGAAGAUUUUGAGUUUCUUGGUUCAUUUACUAGUCCGAGGUCACGAAAGCCAGCCAAAUGGCAUAGCUUUGGUGGGAGCAAGGGCAACAAGAACCCGUAUGCAGACCGCGGGCUUGAUAAAUUUUCUGCACUUGUAGCUGAGCUUGAUUCCAGAAGAAAGAAGAUUUACACUCAGAAAGGCUCUGAAGACAUUUCACUUAUCGGAUUCGUCUACUCAAACUCGGAUGAUUACAAGCCUAUUGUUGUCAAACUCAAGAACAAGAAACAGCAAAGCAUGAUCACCGAAAAGGACAAACUCAAGCCUGAUCACGUCGUCUCACCACCAGCCUCUUCCGAAAUCGAGCCAGCUAAGCCAGAUCAAGCGAAAGUACUGUCACGAAUCGGAUCAUAUAUCAAGACAACUCCCAAGAAAGUCAGGUUUGAGGUGGUGAAAAACAUCAAUACGGACAAUUUGAGGCAGCCUUGGUAUUAUAUUUCGUUGAUCACAAUUUUCAUAUUGGUUUCCAUCACGGUAUUUGGAAGAUCAUUUGCAGUAUUGUGCACGACUCUUGGCUGGUACCUCGUUCCAACCAUCCAGAACCUCGACGUCAAGAAGAAGCCAGCGGCCAAGAAGAAAAUUUAUGCAAAAGCUUUGAGUUACAACGACAAGUUAAUCACAAGUAGAGAUAAUGAGAUGGUGGAUUCCAAGAAGACCAAGACGAUGAAGAAAGCUAUGAGUUAUAGUUAUAAUAAGAACGUGAAGAUCAGUAGUAGUACUUUUGAUCAUGGAAUAGCUUCUCCUAGCAGUGUGCUCAGUGGAUACAAAUCACCUCCACAGCCAGCUUCGCCGCCACUAGAUCGUCGGCUGAGUUUUCCAACACAAGGCAACUGAUAAGCAUACUCGUUUUCGGGUUCUUGAAAUUAAGCUUUUAAUUUUUUCACGAGUUUUUGUUGAUUGAUGUGGUUCUGGUCAUGUGUGAAAUGAUCAAUGAUUCCUCUUGAAUCUUAAAUGUACAUAUGAAUGUUCAAGUCCAUUACUAUUUGAACUCCAGCACCAACAGGCUUCAGUUAAGUAACUGAUUCAUCUCGAAUCUUAACUGUAUUUUCUAUUUUUCUUUCAAUAUCUGCACUGUUUCCCUUA